AUGUAAUUGUGGCUUCCCUCUAGCUUCGUUAAGCAUUAAUCAAGAAUUUUGAUUAUUCAAGCUAAUUUAUUUACAUUUGAAGUUGCCUAGUUUCAUUUUAAUCACUUUGUAUAGAAUUUUACUCUAAAAUUUAAUUAUCUUGACUUCAAAAAAUUAGUUAUAAAUGGCUUGCCUUGCUAUGGCAUUUUAAAUGAAGAAUUUAGAACCUACAGCAAUCUAUCAAUAUCUUCUCCAUUAUCAUAGGACAUAAUAUUGGCAGGUAAUAGAUUCUCUGAUACCAUUUCUGCGAAAAAAAUAUUGAGUAAUGAAAAGGCAGCAAAUUCAGAUCCAAAACAGAGUAAAAAAAUAGUCAACAUUCUUAAAUCUUGUGAAAACCCAAUCUCUUUAUAGUUCUAAAAAAAUGCCUCAAGAACUCUCCAGUGA